ACUUCGAAUGCCUGCGACUCUCAAUACAAUGGUCAAGCCCUGUUUGCGACUGUCUGCCAAACAUGCGAAGCGCCGCCCUGCUUGACGGCUUGUCGUGCUCUCCGGUUUCAUCGAGUCAGGAGUCACGUGCUAUUUCAAUUUAUCGUGCUUAUGGUGCUUGCUCUUCCCGCUCUAUGAGCCCCUAUUCUGCCCUUGGGCGUACCGGAUUCACCUACUUAUCGACCAGCUCUCUCCAUGAACCGACAUCACUAACAAUUCAGCUAGCAGAAUGCAGGAGGAUUUCUCAUUCCAGGAGGUAUCCAUUGAGAGCGUGUCAAGUAGCUCAUCUCUGGUCGCAUUGAUUUUGAGAGCAUCGUGCAUUUUCACGAGGCGAAAGUCUCAUGAAACGAUCGUGGGAGAUGCUGGGAAUAUGUUCGGAAAGCAAGUGCUCGGCCUUGGGGCUUGAUUAAUGUGCUGUUUUAGUCCCUGAGCCUAUACUGCACCCUCUGCUGAGUGGGUUGCAGCGAGGCAUGAUCUGGACAGUGUCCAGUCGAUGUUCCAGGGACAGAGGUUGUUCG